GCCCAACCCAAUCCUCCAAACUAACCCAAAAACAAUAAUAAUUUUUUUUUCCCUUAAUCUAUUGCCGUUAGUCUCCGGUCGUCUUCAAUAGUCUCUUCUCGCUUUUCCCUCUCACAUUGACAGAAGCCGAGCACGCAUUUCAGUGUAGCGGAGAGAGAUCCACAGCCAAGCCUGAUGUUUCGACGUCGUUUCAAUCGAUCAUUCUCUUUCUUCUUCCUCUUGAUUUUGUUACUGGGGAAUGGAUCCUAUGGGUCACGAGUUGGGCAGCGUAAAAGUGGACGAUCAUCUGUGUUUUCAUUGUUCAACCUCAAAGAGAAGAGUAGGUUUUGGAGCGAGUCUGUUUUACGUACUGAUUUUGAUGAUUUGGAAUCAUCUAAACCUGACAAAGAGAGUGCUGCUAAUUACACCAAGGCAGGCACUAUUGGACACUAUCUGAAGCUUUUUGAGGUUGAUGCAAUGUACUUUCCUGUCCCUGUGAAUUUCAUUUUCAUAGGGUUUGAAGGGAAGGGGAAUCAAGCAUUUAAGUUACAUGCUGAAGAACUGGAGCGCUGGUUCACAAAAAUUGAUCACGUCUUUGAGCAUUCGAGGAUCCCUCAGAUUGGUGAAGUUUUGACCCCAUUUUACAAGAUAAGCAUAGAUAGAGAACAACGGCAUCAUCUUCCUCUAGUCAGUCGUAUAAACUACAACUUCUCUGUUCAUGGCAUUGAACUGGGUGAGAAAGUCACGUCUAUAUUUGAGCAUGCAAUAGAUGUCUUUGGACGCAAGGAUGAUGUGCUGGAUACAAGGGAUGAUGUAGCUGGUCUUUGGCAGGUCGAUGUGGAUAUGAUGGGUGUCCUCUUCACUAGUCUUGUGGAAUAUUUGCAUUUAGGAGAUGCUUACAACAUAUUUAUCUUGAAUCCUAAGCGCGAGGGAAAAAGAACUAAAUAUGGCUACAGGAGAGGGUUAUCCGAGACUGAGAUAAACCUUCUUAAGGAGAAUAAGGCCUUGCAAUCAAGAAUUUUUCAGUCAGGAAGUGUCCCAGAUAGUGUUCUUGCAUCAUUCCAUGGAUUUCUGUUCUGUUGCUUAACAUUCUCAAGAGUAUACCUAACAGCACUGUUGCAUUUGAAACCUGAAUCCAAAGCAAUUUUGCUAAAUUCUAUCACCCCUACUGAUCUUAUUACUGGCCUCCAAAUGUCGAGCAGGAUUGAAAGUUUGGAAGCAUGA